AUGGCGGGAACCAAUCGCGUGCGGGGAUUAGGGAGAUGGUUCCAGCCAAACAGAGUUCGCGUGGAGAAAUUGUCACAAAUGGCUACUGAAAGAGCAAAAUUACCCGUCCCUGGACCCGAUUUGCACUCGGGCAGGAGGGAAACAACCACCCUAACAAUGUUAGGUAAAACUUAUGGCUGUGGCCAAUGUGGAGCUCCCCCACCUGGUCCUCCUGGCCCACCAGGGCCAGUGGGGCCUCCGGGGGCAGUGGCAGUCCCACCAGGUCCUUUGGGGCUGGUGCCGCCCCAGCAGCCUCACCAGCCCCCACAAGCUCCAGAACUGCCAAUGUUCAACUGUCCAAGAAGACCCAACUUGGGUCGAGAAGGAAGGCCAAUAGUAUUACGAGCAAAUCAUUUCCAAAUAUCUAUGCCUCGAGGUUUUGUGCACCAUUAUGACAUUAAUAUUCAACCUGAUAAGUGCCCACGUAAAGUAAAUCGAGAAAUUAUAGAAACUAUGGUUCAUGCCUAUAGUAAAAUUUUUGGAACUCUGAAGCCAGUAUUUGAUGGGAGGAACAAUCUCUAUACUCGUGAUCCAUUGCCAAUUGGUAAUGAUCGGGUUGAACUUGAGGUAACACUGCCUGGUGAAGGUAAAGACAGAGUGUUUAGAGUAACGAUAAAGUGGGUGGCCCAAGUUUCGUUGUUUGCUCUUGAAGAAGCUUUGGAAGGCAGAACUCGACAAAUUCCAUAUGACGCCAUUCUGGCAUUAGAUGUUGUUAUGCGACAUCUUCCAUCAAUGACAUACACUCCUGUGGGCCGGUCCUUCUUCUCUUCUCCUGAUGGAUAUUAUCAUCCUCUUGGUGGGGGACGUGAAGUAUGGUUUGGUUUUCAUCAAUCUGUAAGACCGUCUCAGUGGAAGAUGAUGCUGAAUAUUGAUGUGUCAGCAACAGCAUUCUACAAAGCACAACCUGUCAUUGAAUUCAUGUGUGAAGUUUUGGACAUUAGAGACAUUAAUGAGCAAAGGAAACCAUUGACAGACUCUCAGCGUGUGAAAUUUACUAAAGAAAUUAAGGGAUUAAAAAUAGAGAUUACUCACUGUGGAACCAUGCGAAGAAAAUACAGAGUGUGCAAUGUCACUCGUCGGCCGGCACAAAUGCAAUCUUUUCCACUCCAGUUGGAGAAUGGACAGACGGUUGAAUGUACUGUGGCCAAGUACUUCUUGGACAAAUACAAGAUGAAGUUGCGUUAUCCGCAUUUACCCUGCCUACAAGUUGGUCAGGAGCAUAAGCACACUUACUUACCAUUAGAGGUUUGCAACAUAGUUGCUGGCCAGCGUUGCAUUAAAAAACUCACUGACAUGCAAACAUCAACUAUGAUCAAAGCUACUGCACGAUCUGCACCUGACAGGGAGCGAGAAAUUAAUAGUCUUGUUCGUCGUGCUGAUUUCAAUAAUGAUGCAUAUGUACAAGAAUUUGGCUUAACCAUCAGUAAUAAUAUGAUGGAAGUGCGGGGACGAGUGCUACCCCCACCUAAACUGCAGUAUGGUGGCAGGGUUAGUUCCCUCAGCGGACAGACAAAACAGCAAGCAAUGCCUAAUCAAGGUGUAUGGGACAUGCGAGGCAAACAGUUCUUCACUGGUGUAGAGAUUCGUGUUUGGGCAAUUGCUUGCUUUGCUCCCCAGCGGACGGUACGUGAGGAUGCAUUGAGGAAGAUGAGGAGGAAAGAAAGAAAACUAAGGAAACAACACACAACAGCAAAACACCAAGGACUGAGGGAAGGUACUCGAUGGUGUCAAACACCUAAGAUAGAGUUACGACAGGAUCUACAAGACCAAGCGGAACCAGGACCAGAAAAAGAAGAAACAAGUCUUAUCAACAAAGGAAGCAGAGAAACAACAAGCACCAAUAGUGAAAGAGAAGUACAACAGAAAUUACAACAAACAGGAAUGAAGGAAACAAACCUAGAAAAUGAAAUGUACAGAAGAGAGAACUCAAAAAUAAUUGCAGGCAAAUAUGCGACAGGACCAGAUCAGGUAGAGCCUAUGUUCCGCUAUCUGAAAUCUUCGUUUGCUUCAUUGCAAUUAGUAGUUGUAGUACUUCCAGGGAAGACACCUGUGUAUGCUGAAGUUAAGAGAGUUGGUGAUACUGUUCUGGGUAUGGCUACCCAGUGUGUUCAAGCUAAAAAUGUAAACAAAACUUCCCCACAAACGCUAUCCAACUUGUGUUUGAAGAUCAAUGUAAAACUAGGAGGAAUAAAUAGCAUUUUGGUGCCCUCCAUUAGACCAAAGGUUUUCAACGAGCCAGUGAUCUUUUUGGGAGCUGAUGUAACCCACCCUCCAGCUGGAGAUAACAAAAAGCCGUCCAUUGCUGCAGUUGUUGGCUCUAUGGAUGCCCAUCCUAGCCGAUAUGCUGCUACUGUGAGGGUACAACAACAUCGUCAAGAAAUCAUCCAAGAAUUAAGUUCUAUGGUCAGGGAACUUCUCAUCAUGUUCUACAAAAGCACUGGUGGUUACAAGCCUCAUCGAAUUAUUCUUUAUAGAGACGGUGUAUCGGAGGGCCAGUUCCUUCAUGUUUUGCAACAUGAACUUACUGCUAUCCGUGAAGCCUGUAUUAAGUUAGAAGGAGAUUACAAACCUGGAAUUACAUUCAUUGUGGUUCAGAAGCGACACCAUACUAGGCUGUUUUGUGCUGACAAGAAAGAACAAUCAGGCAAGUCUGGAAACAUUCCUGCAGGGACCACUGUUGAUGUUGGAAUAACACAUCCUACAGAAUUUGAUUUCUACCUCUGCAGUCAUCAGGGAAUUCAAGGUACAUCUCGUCCCAGCCAUUACCAUGUGUUGUGGGAUGACAACCACUUUGAUUCUGAUGAGUUACAGUGUUUGACUUAUCAACUUUGUCAUACUUACGUUAGAUGUACACGUUCGGUUUCCAUCCCUGCUCCAGCUUAUUAUGCACAUUUGGUAGCUUUUCGAGCCCGUUAUCACCUUGUUGAAAAGGAACAUGACAGUGGGGAGGGCUCUCAUCAGUCGGGCAGCAGUGAAGAUCGCACUCCAGGAGCAAUGGCAAGAGCCAUUACUGUGCAUGCAGACACCAAGAAAAUGGAUAAUAUGUAUGCUGGAGAAAUCUCUGAAGAAACCCACCCGGAAUGUACGCCUACUCUCUCAAAUGAUAGUGGAUAUAUUACGACGACGCCAAGUACUUUGUGCGGCGAUUCUCCUGACAAAAACUGUGUUAAUAAUCUAUCGGUCCGUGGACCAAAUGAACAUGGCAUAUAUGAUACACCUUUAACGAGUCAAAAAGCUUUGAAGUUAAGUAGUUUAAGAAAGCAUCUCGGAGAGAACUAUACGAGUUUGAAAUUGGAAAAUGUCAACGAAUACUUGGAAGAUGGCUUACGUUAUUCUUGCCCAUCUGCUGUGGAUGAAAAAAAAGAUAGUCUGUACAGUCCAGCUAAUGACAAAAAUGGAACCCUUGCUGAAUGUUUCAGCCACUUACUCGUUGAUGAAUCAGUGAGUGAUACAAAGACAGUUGCAGAAGUGCGUACUUCACGCGAGGAAAAGAUUGUGCUUCGUUCAAAACUAGAAAACAGAUCUGUGAACUCGAAGAAGAAAUCCGGUAUUUUUCUUGGGAAAAUUGCUGCCAAGAAAUUUAAACAAGAUAUUAAUUUUACCCAUGAACGAUCUGAAAGCAUAGGACACUGUUUACCUCGUCAGUGUAAUUACUGUGGAGUAUCUCGCCUAGAUUUUUUAGCGCAUUUUGCUGGUGUUUCGGGUAGUUUCCCCGUAAUAAUUUCCAGGAUUCUGAGUUAUUUACAUCCGGAGGAUUUAGUUACUGUGUGCUUAGUAUCAUCAGAAUGGCGAAGAAUAUGUGUUGAUGAUCCUGUGGCUAAUCGUAGGCGAUUGGCGCAUGUACGGCAUGUUAAACAUGCUAAGGAGAACAUAACAUGGGAAAAAUUCAAACAAACUGGACAUUCUCUAAACCUUACACUGACUUCAAAUAAGGGAAUUUUCAGAGAGAUUCAAAAUACUGACAGAAGAGGUAGCAACUCGUCAACUCCACCUAGUACUCCUCGGAGCCCACCUGUCAGUCCAAGUAAAGUGCGCUUCAAACUUUUCUUCAAGGCUGGAAUUGCUCUAGAUGAAGGAACACGCCUCAUUCGCUGUCCAAGAUGCUCUCAUCCGUCACAAGCCACAUCUGAUUAUGCUCAAUGUCAAGCUGUUGGCUGCCAGUAUAGCUUUUGUGUGUUUUGUUUGUGUGAUAUUCAUGAAGGUUUACCCUGUCGUGGACGUAGUCCUCUUCCUGUGCGCCGUAAGAUUUGUAUUGGCAGCAAAGAAUCACGCCGUAAUCUUAGACGUCUGUGAUUAUUGUAUUUAUUUUUGAAAUUGUGCUUGCUUCACUUGCCCUCAUAAGGCUUCAUUGAGUCCUUUUCAAGAGAGGGGUUUGAAAAUUUAGCCUGCCAACUUAGCAGAGUGAUAAGUAACUGUGAUAAACAUUUACAAUGCUCUGCUAGCAAUGUGUUUUGUCUAUGAAAGCUCUUACUUUUUAUUUAAUUGUGUAAAUGUGUUUAUGUAGAUGAGUGCCUUUGCAUUCCCUUCUUGUGUAAAUCUGGUAAUUUGAUGAACCUUACUUCUUUUGUUUGUCAGAUUGCUAUCUAUCUGUAGCAUUUUAUGCCACAUUUCUUUUUGUGCAAUAUGAAUCUCAUUUUAUAAUUUUGUAUUUGGUUUAUAUUUGCUGUUGUAUUGUAUGCCACCUUACCAUAUUCAUUGCUCGAAAUUCAGAGAAUACUAAGUCCCUGCGGUAUUGAUGCGAGUUAAGUGGCACUUAUUUCAGUAUUUUAAAAUGAGAUUAAUACAAUUUUAAUAUGCCAUUAGUAUUUUGCCUUGUGUAAACUAUUUGCUCUCUUUGACUGUGGAAUCUCAACCUGUUAGGCAUUAAUUGACAUGUUGGAAUAGUUUUUUCACAGCCAUGUUACCUAAAUGUUUAUAUUGCUCAAGUCAGGAAAUAGUACCUGAACACUUGUACAAAAUGUAUUAUUUUAUAAAUAAGAACUAUGUAAAUAUUAUGCAAGUAUUAUAUUUAUUUUUAUAAAAGCAACGGUCAUUUCAGUAUAGUUUUUAAUUACAUAUUUCAAUUUACAAA